GGUUUCUGUUGACGUGGUAACGGCGGCUGUUAUCAGUUCGUCUGGAAAUAUCCGGAUAUCGAUGAGUGAAAGUGAAUAAAACUGUGCAUUUGAAAGCGAGCAGUCAUGCUGGACUUUGCCAUCUUCGCUGUAACGUUUGUCAUCAUUCUGGUCGGCGCUGUUCUCUAUUUGUACCCGUCAUCCAGGAGGGCCUCUGGCAUCCCUGGUCUCAACCCCACAGAUGAAAAAGAUGGAAACCUGCAGGACAUCGUGAACAGAGGCAGUCUGCACGAGUUCCUGUUCCUGGUCAGCCUCCAUCAGGAGUUUGGUUCUGUGGCGUCGUUCUGGUUCGGCGGUCGGCCGGUGGUCAGUCUGGGCGCCGUGGAGCAGCUUCGGCAGCACAUCAACCCGAACCACGCCACGGACUCCUUUGAGACGAUGCUGAAGUCGUUGCUAGGUUACCAGUCGGGAGGCGGCGCCGGGGAGACGGUGGUCAGGAAGAAGGUUUACGAGGGCGCCAUCAACAACACGCUGAAGAACAACUUCCCUCUCGUGCUGAAGCUGGUGGACGAGCUGGUGGGGAAGUGGGCGUCGUUCCCGGAGGCCCAGCACACCCCGCUGUGCGCCCACCUGCUGGGCCUCGCCAUGAAGGCCGUCACCCAGCUGGCUCUGGGCCAGCGCUUCGGGGACGACGCUCAGGUGAUCUCGUUCCGCAAGAACCACGACGCGGUGAGAGCCGGCUUUCAUACACACUGGCUUUUUUGAGCUUUUGUUCUUCCUCCUUCUCGGCUCUCAGCUCUGUCAGAGAUGCAGUCGGUGCUGCUGUCGGUGGCAAAGGAGAGGAAGUCCCAGAAGAAGCAGACGGUGUUCGUGGACGCUCUGCUUCAGUCGAGCCUCAGCGAGCGACAGAUCAUGGAGGACUGCAUGGUGUUCACGCUGGCUGGAUGUGUCAUCACCGCCAACUUGUGUAUCUGGGCUCUCCACUUCUUGUCCACCUCAGAGGAAGUCCAGGACAAGUUGUACCAGGAGCUGCAGGACGUUCUGGGCUCGGAUCCGGUUUCCCUCGACAAGAUUCCUCAGCUCAGAUAUUGCCAGCAGGUCCUGAACGAGACGGUGAGAACCGCCAAGCUGACCCCCGUCGCCGCCCGGCUGCAGGAAGUGGAGGGCAAAGUGGACCAGCACGUCAUCCCCAAAGAGACUUUGGUGAUCUACGCUUUGGGAGUUGUUCUGCAAGAUGCCAACACCUGGAACAUCCCAUACAGGUUUGAUCCGGAUCGAUUUGAGGAGGAAUCGGCCAGAAAGAGCUUCUGUCUGCUCGGCUUCUCCGGGAAUCAGACGUGUCCGGAGCUCAGGUUCGCCUACACCGUCGCCACCGUCCUGCUCAGCUCGCUGGUUCGGCAGCUGAAGCUUCACCAGCUGAAGGGACAAACGGCCGAAGUCCGAUCCGAGCUGGUGUCGACGCCGAAAGACGAAACCUGGAUCACCGUCAGCAGGAGGAGCAGCAGUUAGUCUGAAACUCCAGGGAGAAAAAAAAGCCACAAAACUAACAGCUUCACUUAACAAAUGACCAGCAGAGUAUUAAAAAUGUUAGAACCACAUCCUUUUAACAGCAGCGUGAUGGAAAUAAAGUCUAAUUUGUAUGAUUUUAAACACAGUUUUCCAGCGUUUCUUUGCGCCGCCGUCGUCUUUCUGGUGCUUCGUGCUGCAGUCGGAGGCCUUAAACGAAUCACUGCAGGUCAGAUUUGCACUCGCUGAAAGACUCUCGUCUGUUGGAGGAGGGAAACUGAAGCUCUGUGAGAAAAGUCCACUUGUGCCGGUUUCCGUAAUUUCCAAACAACUGCCUUUAACCAGAGUUCUCAGAGUCACAAGACGAGUUUGUCAAACAAAACGAGCCUCAGUGUUCUCAGACGGUUCACUUCAUCCUUUAUAUUAAAGAUGUAUCAAGAC